UUGAUUGCGGCAGUUUGAUAUUUGGACUGUGUCGAGACUGGUGUGGAUAGUUGUGUUGAAAGUGACGUUCGUUCUAACUGUGGAUAGUAGCGCAUACAUUGCAGCCGACUUAUUGACUGAUUUAUAUAGCUGCACCAAGAAAGCAACGAUCGUUCCUUGAACGAUGAGUGCAAAUAACACUGAUGACGAGGAACCUAAGAUGUCGAGAUUGUUGAAAUUAGCGCAGAAGUUUAAUUGUUUCUAUCUGAAUGGUCUCGUCAAGGGCCAUUGCCGUCCAUUUGUUGUGAACGGGCAACAGGUUGGUCUUAUCAGUCAAAAUGUGUUGGAGCACUUACUGAAAUAUCCGGAAGUGUUCUGCGUCAGAAACACUGAACCAGGAAAACAGAAAAUCGUCGAGCUUAAUCCGGCCUUUCGAGACUACACCGAGCGUUCGGAGCAGGUGGAUAGGGUGUUGCAGCAAUUCCGUACCGAUGGUUUGUUUGUUGCUUUGAAAGGAUGGCGCAAUGAAUGCUACGAUGUUAAAAGCACAACGGAGUCGCUUCUCAAAAUGGACCGUUCGGCGACGUGUCUUUUCGGUGUACGCAACUAUGGCGUCGAAAUCAACGGGUACGUGCGACAUCCGACCAAGGGUCUGUGUAUUUGGCUUCAGCAACGGUCGGAUACUAAGCAGACAUGGCCUGGCAAAUGGGAUAACAUGGUCAGUGGUGGACUCUCCGUGGGCUUCGGUAUCUACGAAACUGCCGUUAAGGAAGCGGCCGAAGAGGCAUCGAUUCCGGCACAUUUGAUAAAGAACCUCGUGUCGGCCGGUUGUGUUUCAUUCUUCUUCGAGAGCGAACGGGGAAUCUUCCCUAACACGGAGUUUGUGUUCGAUUUGGAGCUGCCAGAAGACUUUGAACCUGACAAUAGCGACGGGGAGGUGCAGAACUUCCAGCUACUGCCGGUGAAAGAAUGUCUAGAACGAGUUUUUGCACCGGACUUCAAAACCACGAGUUGUCCAGUCGUGAUUGAUUUCAUGAUCCGACAUGGCAUAAUUACUCCAGAAAAUGAAAUCAACUUUACUCAAAUCGUCGAGCUUUUGCAUGUACCAUUACAGUCACUGUACACCUACAGAACAACGAAGGUUAAAAAUCCUAAUAACGGUAAUGGUGUUCAAAAUGGGCGAGUUUAGCUUAAAUGUCAUUAUAACGCGCAACAUGAUAACGGCAUUCAAUCGACUAUAACAAAAUACGAAGCUACAUAGCUAUGCAUUCUCAAAUUUAAACAAGUUUUUUAUCAAUCAAAAACAAUUGCAGAUAGGCUAUUUAACUUAAAUUUCAAUUGUGCUACGUAGGUGUUCACGUUUUCUAACUCUAAUCAAUAUUCUCUAAAACUAUCAUACCGCAAAACAGCAAAAAGUUAUAUGCGUUUGCUAUUGCAAUCUAUAUAAUCAAAUUCAGUUUUCACUUGCAGAUCUUCCAUCUAUAAGUGGAUAAAAUUCUAUCUAGAUAAAAUGGCGGUAGAUAAUUUCCGAUUUUACAUGAUUAGCAAUAUAAUCCAAGAUCGAUCAAUUGAAUAACAAUCUGAUAAUAUGUAGCCAAGUUAAAGAAAUGCUAUGAAUCAUGCGAAUUUUCGUUGUGGGAUUUCGAUCUUCCUUACUGUACUUUCUGUUCCAUACAUCAAAAUACAGACUGCACCAAAAAAAAACGAAGAUAACAUUUUGUAACGUUAGAUAAAUGCGCCGGAGGCAAUUUCUAUAGUUUAUAUCUUAAUAACUAUCCAGCUGGCUAAGAUUAGCAGAGAUAAUCAUAUUUAUUUAUUUAUUCGAUAAUGAAAUGAAACCAUACCAUAGAAUCACUCCAUGUGUGUUAGUAUGAAGAUUUAUUAUUUUGGCAUUUAAGUGUGCGUCACUCUAUCUGUUAAAUAUGUUUUACCUGCAUAUUUCAUAAAUAUAACAUUUUCUCCAGAAGGAAAUGCUGGCAUCUUCUGUUCAGAAUAAGGCUCGGAUAAGUUGAAUUUGUUGAAUUCGAUUUCACGGAAAUACAUUAGCUCUGUUCAAA